UAGCGGCGGUGCUCGCGGCUCUCGGGUUGGAGGGGUGAGUGGAGAAAGCAGGGCGCGCGGAAGAGCGCGGGGUCCCCAGCACCGGGACAGCCGGAGGACCGCGCGGCCGGAGCUAGCGGCGCGGCAGCAGUCCCCGCGUGGCGCCGCGCGGGGACGCUGGGACCGCCCAGAUCUCUCCACCGUGCCCGGCGGUCUCGCCCGCCUCAUCUUCCUUCAGCCCAGGCGCGAGCGGCUCCCAAGUCGAGCGCGCCAUGUCCGGGGCUGGAUAGCAGCCCGGCUGCCCGCCGGCCCGCCAGCCCGCCCUCCAAGCCACCCGCCAGCGGGCCGGCUGGGGAGUCCCAGGGCAGAUGCCGUGAGUGAAGGGGGGGCCAUGGCUGAGGAGCGGCCUCCCCGAUUGGUGGAUUAUUUCGUGGUGGCUGGGCUUGCAGGAGAUGGAUCACCUAUGCCUGAGGAGACCUGGGUUCCUGAACCUACUGGGCCCAGGCGCCCUCCUAGGCCAGCGGAACCUAUUACAGAUGUGGCAGUCAUUGCUAGAGCACUGGGCGAGGAGGUGCCCCAGGGCUACACGUGCAUCCAGACAUCUGCUGGUGGCCACCCCUUGGAGCUCAGUGCCGGGCUCCUGGGUGGAACUCAGCCAGUCAUCUGCUACCGCAGGGGGCGUGACAAGCCCCCCCUCGUUGAGCUGGGGGUGUUAUAUGAAGGGAAGGAACGUCCUAAACCUGGCUUCCAAGUGCUUGACACGACACCAUAUAGUCACUCAGCCAACUUGGCCCCUCCAGGCCCUGGGCAUCCUCGCACCUACCUCAUGUACCGGCGGGCAGCAGAGGGGGCAGGAUUGCAUGCCCUGGGCAUCACUGACCUUUGCCUGGUUCUUCCCAGCAAGGGUGAGGGCACUCCUCACACUUACUGCCGGUUGCCACGCAACCUCAACCCUGGCAUGUGGGGCCCAGCAGUGUACCUGUGCUACAAGGUGGGCCUGGCCAAGGCCAACACGCUGGUGUAUGAGGCAGAGCUGCUGGGCCGCUACCCACAGGAAGACAAUGAGGCAUUCCCGCUGCCCGAGUCAGUGCCAGUCUUCUGCCUGCCCAUGGGAGCCACUAUUGAGUGCUGGCCUGCCCAGACCAAGUACCCGGUGCCCGUCUUCUCCACCUUUGUGCUCACAGGGGCUGCCGGUGAUAAGGUGUAUGGUGCCGCCUUGCAGUUCUAUGAAGCGUUCCCGAGAGCCAGGCUGUCAGAGAGGCAGGCACGGGCACUGGGCUUGUUGAGUGCCGUGGAACGGGGCCGGGCACUGGGAGGCCGAGCCGUGCGCAGCCGGCGCGCCAUUGCUGUGCUGUCCCGCUGGCCAGCCUUCCCAGCCUUCAGAGCCUUCCUCACCUUUCUUUACCGCUACUCCGUCUCAGGCCCCCACCGUCUGCCCUUGGAAGCGCACAUCUCCCACUUCAUUCACAACGUCCCGUUCCCUUCCCCACAGAGACCACGCAUCCUAGUGCAGAUGUCUCCCUAUGACAACCUGCUCCUCUGUCAGCCUGUCUCCUCACCCCUGCCUCUCAGUGGUGCUAGCUUUCUGCAGCUGCUGCAGAACCUGGGCCCAGAAUUGGCUAUUACAUUGCUGCUGGCUGUGCUCACGGAGCACAAACUGCUGGUCCACUCGCUGCGGCCAGAUCUGCUCACCAGUGUCUGCGAGGCCCUUGUCUCAAUGAUCUUCCCACUGCACUGGCAGUGCCCCUACAUUCCGCUGUGCCCGCUGGUGCUGGCGGAUGUGCUGAGCGCCCCUGUGCCCUUCAUUGUGGGUAUCCACUCCAGUUAUUUCGAUCUGCACGACCCACCUCCUGAUGUCAUCUGUGUUGAUCUCGAUACCAACACACUCUUCCAAACGGAGGAGAAGAAGCCCCUCUCUGCUAGGACCCUGCCCCGCAGACCAUACAAGCUUUUGCUGGCCACACUGACGAAUCUGUACCAGCAGCUGGACCAGACUUACACUGGACCAGAAGAGGAGGCCUCUCUGGAAUUCCUGCUGACAGACUACGAGGCAGUGUGUGGCCGCCGGACACGCCUGGAGCGGGAAGUCCAGGGAGCCUUUCUGCGCUUCAUGGCUUGUCUGCUCAAAGGCUACAGGGACUUCCUGCGUCCCCUCACCGAGGCCCCCUCUGAGGGGUCUCGUGAUGUCGACAACCUUUUCUACCUUCAGGGUUUCCUCAAGUCCCGGGAACGCUCGAGCCACAAGCUGUACUCCCAGCUGCUGCACACACAGAUGUUCUCACAGUUCAUCGAGGAAUGCUCUUUUGGCUCUGCCCGCCAUGCUGCCCUUGAGUUCUUUGACUCUUGUGUCGAUAAGGUCCACCCAGAGCAGGAGAAGCCUGAGCCAACACCCUUAGUGGAACUGGAGGAGCUCUCAGGAAGUGAGCUCACUGUCUUCAUCACACCCCCAGAGGAUCCCCCAGUACUGGAAGGCAGUGAAUCUGCUCCCCAGUACUGUUAUGAUGGGUUUCCAGAGCUAAGAGCUGAACUAUUUGAGUCUCCUCAGGAACAACAGGGAGCGCUGCCUGUGCCCGGCCCAUCCCGUAGUGCCCCUAGCAGUCCUGCACCUCGCCGAACCAAACAGGAGAUGAAGGUCGCACAGCGAAUGGCCCAGAAGUCAGCCACUGUGCCUGAGCUGUGGGCCCGGUGCUUACUAGGUCACUGCUAUGGACUGUGGUUCCUGUGCCUGCCUGCCUAUGUGCGUUCGGCGCCCUCCCGGGUGCGAGCCCUGCACAAAGCCUACCACGUGUUGCGUGAGAUGGAGAGCCGCAAGGUGGUGCUCCCUGAUGAGGUGUGUUACCGGGUGUUGAUGCAGCUCUGCUCACACUAUGGGCAGCCCGUGCUGUCUGUGAAAGUCAUGCUAGACAUGCGGCGAGCAGGCAUUGUGCCCAACACCAUCACCUACGGCUACUACAACAAGGCUGUGCUGGAAAGCAAAUGGCCAUCUGGUACACCAGGUGGACGCCUACGCUGGGCCAAGCUCCGGAAUGUUGUCUUGGGGGCUGCUCAGUUCCGCCAGCCCUUGAAAGACAGACGGCAGCAGCAGGUGGCUGUGCAUCAAGAGUUGGGCAGCUCUCAGACAGAACCCUGUCUGGAGCGCCCCUCCCCAACACGUCCUCUUCAGCGCCAGACGACUUGGGCAGGGCGAAGUCUGCGGGAGCCAUCCUCACCCACCGGGCGCCUGGUCAAGAGUGGCAGCCUAGGCAGUGCUCGAGGGGCACAGCCCACUGUGGAGGCUGGUGUAGCACACAUGAUAGAGGCCUUGGGGGUCCUCGAACCCCGUGGAUCACCUGUGCCUUGGCAGGAUGGAAGUCUGUCAGACCUAAGUCUGACGGGGGAAGAACUGGCACCUGGAGGAAGCCCAGGGGGCUCUGGCUCAGCCCUCAGUACCCGCUCCACUGAGGCCCUAGAAGGGAUAAGUGGGCGGGGUCCCAAAACUAGUGGCUGUCAGGAGGAGGUGGGUACCCCCAGAAAAGGGCUGGGUGCCCGCCUCCAACAGCUGCUCACCCCUUCCCGCCGCUCCUCUGUCUCCCGCAUCCCCCCACCUGAGUUGCCCACUGACCUUCCUCCUGCGGCCCGCCGAAGUCCCAUGGAUAGCCUGCUGUGGCCCCGAGAACGCCCUGGAUCCACUGCUUCUGAGAGUUCCGCCUCUCUGGGCAGUGAGUGGGAUCUUUCAGAGUCUUCUCUUAGCAGCCUGAGCCUUCGCCGUUCCUCAGAGCGUCUCAGUGACACCCCUGGACCUUUCCAGCCUCCUUCCCUAGAAAUUCUGCUGUCUAGCUGCUCCUUGUGCGGUGCCUGUGACUCCCUGGUGUACGAUGAAGAAAUCAUGGCUGGCUGGGCACCUGAUGACUCUAACCUCAAUACAACUUGCCCCUUCUGCGCCUCUUCCUUUGUGCCCCUGCUCAGUGUCCAGACCCUUGAUUCUCGACCCAGUGCCCCUAGCCCGCAGUCUGCCCUUGCUGGUGCCAGUGGCAGUCAAGAUGCCCCUGUCCCUGGGGGUCCCGGCCCUGUGCUCAGUGACCGGAGGCUCUGCCUUGCCCUGGAUGAACCCCAGCUCUGCAAUGGCUAUGUGGGGAGUGCUUCCCGGAGAGUUGAGAAAGGGGCAUGGGCAUACCUGAGCCCCUUGGUACUGCGGAAGGAACUGGAGUCUCUGGUGGAGAAUGAAGGCAGUGAGGUGUUGGCAUUGCCUGAAUUGCCCGCUGCCCACCCCAUCAUCUUCUGGAACCUCCUGUGGUAUUUCCAACGCCUACGCCUGCCUAGUAUUCUACCAGGCUUGGUGUUGACCUCCCGCGAUGAGCCCCCACCCGGCCAGCCCUCCCAGGGACCAUCUCCUAGGCUAACCCCUGACCCAGCCUCUGUGCAUGUUCGUCUGCUGUGGGAUGUCCUGACCCCCGAUCCCAACAGCUGCCCACCUCUCUAUGUUCUCUGGAGGGUCCACAGCCAGAUCCCACAACGAGUAGUCUGGCCAGGCCCAGUGCCCUCAUGUCUUAGCUUGACAUUGCUGGAGUCAGUGAUGCGCCAUGUUGGACUUAACGAGGUUCAUAAAGCUGUUGGGCUCCUGCUGGAAACCCUAGGGCCCCCUCCCACUGGCCUGCACCUGCAGAGGGGAAUCUACCGUGAGAUCUUAUUCCUGACAAUGGCUGCUCUGGGCAAGGACCACGUGGACAUAGUGGCCUUCGACAAGAAGUACAAGUCUGCCUUUAACAAACUGGCCAGCAGCAUGGGCAAGGAGGAGCUGAGGCUGCGGCGGGCACAGAUGCCUACUCCCAAGGCCAUUGACUGUCGAAAAUGUUUUGGAGCACCUUUGGAAUGCUAGGGACCCUUAAGCCCCCCUCUUCUGCCUUGGGUGGAGAGGAGAGGUAGAGUGGAUUCUAGACAUAGCCUGACUCCCUCUUCCUUUCAUGGAAGAAUUUGAAUCAGGCUGCUCAGCCAUAGGCUCCAAGUGGAAAUAGCAGGAAGAGGGACUCACUGAUACCCAAAGUCACAAUUCCCCUAUCUCCAGCCUGCCCAAUUUGUUCAUGCUGAUUUUGAGGAGAGCUAGGGAAGUUGGCACAAGUCCAUUCUUUCUCCAUUCUAUUCCAGGGCCUCCUUCCCAGGGUAUCCUCAGAUCUGCAGUGCCCUGGGAUACUUAGAAGUUUUUGUUUUAAAAAAAAAAACAACUGGAAAGAUUUCAAGCUCCUGAGCCUUUGCCCCAUGGGAGGAGUCUCAUCCUCACUUCUCUUCUCUAGCAUUGCUAAAGGAGCCCAAGGCAAUCCUAGCGUUUUAUUUUAUUUAGUUAUUUAUUCUGAGGCCACAGCUCCUACACUUAUUAGAUUCUCAAGGAGCAUAAGAAAGAGAAGGGAAUUAAGUUUGUAACUCCUUGAGAGCCAUGCACUGGGACCCAGAGGAGUCCCAAGCUUCCCUUGGGAAGAAUUGGUGCCUCUUCUAGUUCCAAUCCUUCUUGUCCACUCCACCUUGGGAAAUGCCUCUCCGGUCCAUGGCCUUGACCUGUGCAAUAAGGAUUGUUCUCUGCAAAGUUUUGUUGGAUGUAAAUAUAGUAAAAGCUGCUUCUGUCUUUUUUCCCUCUGCCUCCCGUUCUCUGGAUUUGGGGUGGUACCUUAUCUUUCCUUGCUGCACAUUCUCUCUGCUGUGUUUCCUUUCUUUGUAACCAUCAGGUAUAUCCUUGCAACUUGGUUUAUAGGAAGCUCUUGGCGCAGAAGGGUGAAUCCAGUGCUGGCUAUGGUGGUGCCAGCCUGCGUGGCACUUCCGGCCCUCCCACACAAUCACCUCCUUGUCCCUCAUCUGUACCCCACACAAAGACUCCAUUCUCUGGGGGCCUUGAGCUCAUCUUUGCCUUAUUUCCUCUCCUCCUGUCCCCUCCCUGACCCCAGCUUCUUCUGUACCUUCACAAAGAUGAUAGCUCUCCUCACUUGUUGCCAUUUCCAGCCCUCUUGUGUAUCAGAAGCUCUGGCCGUCCUCCCAGUUCUCCUUAGUGGCUCUAGCUCCAGACAGUGCUCCUCACUGUGAUCUAACCUUAGAGACAACAAUGGAAAGAAAGAAGCAAGGAGUAAAAGUCUUCCGUGUGUGAGUGCCAGGGAGAUGGGCAUCAUUUUUCCUUAGUUUAUUUUUUAGAUUAUUUUAUGUGUAUAUGUGGGUUCUGUGCAUGUUGUAGAAUAUACAUGUAUACCACUUGCAUGCAGUACCCACAGAGGCCAGAAGAGGGUGUUGAAUAUCCUGGAACUAGAGUCACCAUGUGGAUUCUAGGAACAGAACUCAGGUCCUUUGCAAGAGAAGCAAGUGCUUUUAACUAUUGAGCUGUAUAUCUCCAGUCUUCAACUCCUUUUAAACUUGAAAAUUGUGUGCAUGCAUACUUGUGUGGAUGUGUGCGUGUGUGAAAUAUGCAGGUACCCACUGUGGAUCCCUUGGAGCAGGCAGUUGUGAGCUGCCUGAUGCGGGUGCUGGAACCUUAACUAUUGCGCUGUCUAUCUAGCUCCUCAGGCAUCAUUUUUCUAAUCUCAGGCCCAUCUAGAAUUUUCUCUCUUUUUCUUGUGUAAUGAAAUAAACACAGGAAGCAACUCCUAGGAGCUACAGAACCAGUUACCAAAGGGAAUGAGCUAAGAAAACAAAUGCCUUGGGGAAGAAGGGCAGGGGCAACCUUGGAGGACAGGAUUUACAUAAAAUGUCAGUGCAAAUCCCUAGGAGUUGUGAGUGGCCAAAGAAGUAACUCAGGCUAGGGUUGGGAGGACACCUUUUAAUCCUACCAUCUGCUUAGAGGCAGGCAUUCUGUGAGCUCUGGGCCAGCCUGGUCUAUAUUAUAUUAGGAAUUCCAGGCUAGCUAUGGCACUUUAGUGAGACCCUGUCUUUUUUUUUUUUUUUUUUUUAAGCAUUACUUCUAAUUCUUAGGACUUAGUAGUCAAAGAAUCCUUCCCAUUCUUUCCUGAGGAUGUUUUUCCAGUGUCCUAAAGGCAUAAAGAAGGAAUAAAGGGGCCGGGCAGUGGUGGCGCAUGCCUUUAAUCCCAGCACUCGGGAGGCAGAGGGAGACGGAUCUCUGUGAGUUUGAGGCCAGCCUGGUCUACAAGAGCUAGUUCC